AUAUUUUUUCCUGUGCCUAUAGCGCAGAGGUUGAAACAAACCCUAGAGCCUUGUGACACUGAAUAUCCAGCUUUUAUUUCUGAACGCACUAUAAAGGAGACCACGGGGAAUAUUGCUUGUGAUGACUGUUUCAAGUCUUUUGUUAUUCAGCAAAUCCCAAGCAGCAAUCUCUUCAUGGUGGUAGUAGAUAAUGAAUGCUUCUGUGAUUCUGUCCCCCCAAUUACCAUGGCACCUAUAGAAAUAAGGUAUAAUGAAUCCCUUAAAUGUGAACGUUUAAAAUCUCAGAAGAUAAGAAGGCGCCCAGAGUCUUGUCAUGGAUUUCACCCUGAAGAAAAUGCAAGAGAAUGUGGUGGUGUCUCAGGCCUUAGUGCUAAGCCUCCUCUUGUUCUUCCUCUGCUAUUGAUGAUUUUCUCAAGGUGACAUUUGACAGAUGUGUUCAAUUGGCAUGUUAAUAUAUGGAUAAACUGUGAUCUGGGAAAUGGUGCCACAUAGAGGACAUGAAAUAUAGUCAAGAGCAUCAGCAUUUCAUGAUUUUAAACUGUGGGUGAUAUAAAUCCUUAAAGAUAUGUUGAAAAAAGAUUUAUCUUUUUACUUUGCAAGUCAUGCAGAUGUGAAUUUCGCAUAUGGCAGUCAUGAUUCAUCAAAAAGGACUUGGUAGAUAGAGGUUACCAUUGCUUAGUCCCAUUGAAAACAAUUUAAAACUGCGUACUUUUUCAAUAAAGUAUAUUAAAAUCACA